AGCUAGCUAAAUAUCACGCUAGCUCAUUAGCAGUUGUCAUUAGCCUUUAGAGAACUUUAAAAAAUACUCUACUAAGUUUCAUAUAUGCCUUCUGUAUUUAUUAUUAGAGUUUACAGAAUAAUUUAUCUAUAUUUAUACAUCAGUGACACUUUGUGUGUACUGAAAAAACAACUUUGUGAGAAAAAAAAAUCCAUUCACUUUGUCAUUCGUUUGCUAAUUCUUCCUGAAGCAAACAUUUAUUUUGAGUUUAAUCUUUCUGUACGCUAAAAUAUUAAUAUUUGACUAUGUAUAUGUUUUUUAAACAAAAAUAAUCGGGAAGCUUAGUGGAGAACGUUUUGAAACAAAACCUCUAGUUUAGUUUAAUACGGAACCUUAGAAGUAGGCUCGUGUUUCCGUCCAGUGCGUUUUAGAUUGAGCACCCUAACAGAUAGGCGCGUGUUGCUCGCGUUUUUAAGUUUUCUUUCGACUUGGAAAGUGUUGAGAGGAAAAAAUAUCGCGAUGGACGAAGAAAGUCGAGCAGCAGCUGGAUCGAAUUGGAUCACACAGCAUCCCAUGUACCAAGACCUGCUGAAACUGGGCGUAGAUGACAGCACGCAGGUUUACGGAGCGUUCCUGGUUUACCUCGACCUGACCGAAGUUCGGCGUUGGACGGGCGUGGUCGCAGUGCCGAGUCCUGAACUGCAGGUUGUUCUGCUGGAAGGUCGUGAAAAAGAAGGCGGGGAGGUUCAGGUGGUUUAUCCACUUCCUGCUCACAGAAGUGUCAGUCACAGAGAUUUGAGGUGCAUUGUGGGUCGUGGAACCCGCAUGCUCCUUUGUGCAGUGGCGUCGGAUUCCACGAUGGUGUAUCAGCGGCUGAGCGAUGGCCUGAUGACCCCUGACCCCCCUGUGGACGUCAGAGACCUGGGACGACGCCAGCACCGCAAACGCAGACUCCAAACGUGACAUUUAUAAAUACUUCCCAGGACGUCUCAUCUCCAAGGAAGAAGAAGAAGAAAAAAAUGUUCAACAAAUGUUUCAUUCUGCACGUGCAAGAGAUGUAAAGCCACCGAGUCCCCAGACAGUGUUAUGUUCAUUGCAAUCCCUC